GCAGCAGUGAUGGUGGUGGCAGAGCCUGCGUUUUCAUUAGUGUAAUGUCCAGGGAAGCUCCAGAAUUAUGUAAGAGUGACGUGCUGUCAUCGCCUCUCAUGCCCAGCGCCUGGCAGAACGUGGCUGUUUGUUUUGCCUUUAUCCUCCUCCGCUCCUGAAAACCAAAAGCACAUCUGUCUGAUUCCGCGUAUGGGGACAGGACUCGUAGUAGCCACGCCACGGGGACCUCUGCAGUCUGAAGCUGUGGCUCGUUGUCAUGGAGAAGCCACACCGAAGCGGGAGCACCGAGCCUACAGCCACGAUGAGCAUUUGUGGGGAUGCAUCAUCUGGUGUAUGAGGGGUGAUGCAAGUGUAGCAGCAGUCACAGUAGUGCAGCGUGUGCUCUUGUUACUGUAAAAUUCGAAAAUGAAGUUUAAGAAGUUCAUCACCAUUAUGCAGGCAGCCAUGGGGAUCGUACCCCUAAACAAACGGGAGCUUCUGCCACCGGGCAGGAAACUGUGGAGACCCCCAGGGGACCAGCUUGUUUCUGACCAGACAAGCACUGACCUGCUCAAGUCCAGCCGCAGGUUCUGCUGGUCCAGAGAAGCCCACUACUUGUAUCUUCGCCGCCUCUCUUCACGCAGCUACUCAGCUAUUAUGAUGAAUCCGGUCAUGGAGGAGACUGUGUGGGAGCAGUACACUGUGACCCUGCACAGGGAUCCAAAAAUGGGCUUUGGCCUUGCAGUGUCAGGGGGCCGAGACAACCCAAAUGAGGAAACUGGCGAGACUUCAAUUGUGGUGUCUGAUGUGUUGCAGGGAGGACCUGCUGAAGGGUUAUUAUUUGAGAAUGACCGGGUCAUUCAGGUAAAUGCCACCGCCAUGGAGGGGGCCGUUCACUCCUUCGCUGUCCAGACCCUCAGGAAAUGUGGCAAAGUUGCAAAAAUUACAGUUAAGAGGCCCAGGAAGGUUCCAGUAAAUCUGCUGAACCGCCCCCCAUCACCUGAUGACCGAGUCUUCAGUAACGACUACAAUGAUGAUUACAACUAUGAGCAGGACCGCCGCAGUGUGUACAGCGCCCGAAGUGGCGGUGGACCGGACCCAGAGAGGGAACGAGGCAUGGGAGGUUACAUGGAUUCUGGCUAUCAAACACGAGAGCGCGACUAUGACAGAGACUAUGAUCGGCGGGAACGGGGCAGGAGCAUGGAUAGAGAUCUCAGUCCAGACCGGCAAUACAGGAGAGAUGGCAGCAGAGGUCGCACUAUAGACAGAGAGCGCAGCCCAGAUAACCGCUACAGGAAGGAAAACAUGCUCGGCCAUGACUACAGCCCAGACAGAAGAUAUCGUAGUGAGCGCGCAUUAGACCGAGACCGCAGUCCUGACCGGCGGUACCGCAGUGAACGAACCCUGGACCGGGACUACAGCCCGGACAGGCGUUACCGCAGCGAGCGAACCCUGGAUCGCAACAACAGCCCUGACCUGCGCUACAGGCGUGAUCCCAGCUUAGAACGGGGAAGUGAACGCAUCUCGAGUGACCAGAGGAAGUAUGAUGACGCGCCAAAGCGAAGUGGGAGCAGGGACCGCCUGGACCAUUCACCUUCACCUGCCCCCAUGCCCAUCCCUCUGUCACGCCCUGCUCGGGACCUGGAGCCACUAGAGAAACCAGUGAAUGUGGUGCUUCUCAAGAACAGACCCAACGAUGAGUAUGGUCUUCGUCUGGGCAGUCAGCUCUUCAUCAAAGAGAUGACCAACACAGGUCUUGCCAGCAGGGAUGGGAACCUGCAAGAAGGAGACAUUAUACUAAAGAUUAAUGGUACGGUGACAGAAAACCUCUCUCUCAGCGAUGCAGGAAAGCUGAUUGAGAAAUCUCGUGGGAAGUUGCAGCUUGUAGUGCAGAGAGACCGUCGGCAGGUGCUGAUCCGAGUCCCUCCGAUGGUCGACAGCGACUCAGAGCUUGAUGAUAUCUCGGAGAUCGAGUCAUACCGCUCCUACUCUCCACAGGAUGAUAGGCGGGGCCACCACUCCGACCUCUCCUCCCACUCUUCCAAUGAAAGGCUUAGGGAAAAGCCCAGAGAGGACCCACCUAACAGGCUGGCGAAAAUGGGCGCCUUGCCAACACCGUUCAGAGGUCUUGACAAACCGUCAGAAAACACACCCAGUGUGAACGCGGAGAGGGAGGAGCCACGAUCAGAAACCCCACCAGUACCAUCAGUCAUCGUGGCCCCAAAGACUCAUGCUCCAAAGGUGCUAACUCCUAAGGUGCCACUUAAACCAAGCUUGGAGGACCAGGAAAUAUAUGGGCCAGACACCGUGAUGGUGAAAUUCCAGAAGGGUGAGAGCGUAGGCCUGAGGCUGGCGGGAGGAAACGAUGUCGGCAUCUUUGUCGCUGGUGUUCAGGAGGACAGUGCAGCUGAGCAGGAGGGUCUCUGCACAGGAGAUCAGAUUGUCAAAGUGAACAACAUGGACUUUAGAGGUAUGGUGCGUGAGGAUGCAGUCCUUUACCUUCUGGACAUCCCUAAAGGAGAUGAUGUCACCAUUCUUGCCCAGAGCAACCCAGAUGUGUACAAGGACAUCAUGGCCUCCGGCAGAGGCGACUCCUUCUUCAUCAGGACGCAUUUUGAGUAUGAGAAGGAGUCGGCACAGGGCCUUUCUUUCUCCAGAGGACAGAUCUUCAAAGUUACAGACACACUUUACGAUGGCAAACUGGGAAACUGGCUGGCCAUUCGCACUGGCACAGACAACCAGCUGCUGGAGAAAGGAAUCAUCCCUAACAAGAGCAGAGCAGAGCAAAUUGCCAAUGUGCAGAAUGCUGCUCGGGCUGCAGCAGGCAAUGACAGAGGAGAUUUCUGGAGGCUGAGAGGUCAAAGAGCGGCAAAGAAAAAAGAUCUCCGCAAGAGCCGAGAGGAUCUGACUGCUGCUCCAGUCACCACCAAAUUUCCCGCUUACGAGAGAGUUGUCUUACGUGAAGCUGGAUUCAAGAGACCUGUGGUGAUCUUUGGGCCCAUUUCUGAUGCAGUGAAUGAAAAACUGGCCAAUGAAAUGCCAAACGAGUUUAUCAUUGCUAAGACUGAGCCCAAAGAUGCAGGGAGUGAGAAAUCCUCCGGAGUGGUGAGACUGAACACCAUCCGACAAAUCAUUGAACAAGACCACCACGCUCUGCUGGAUGUGACUCCAAAAGCUGUGGACACUUUGAACUACACCCAGUGGUAUCCCAUUGUCCUCUUCCUCAACCCAGAUUCCAAGCAAGGUGUCAAGACCAUGAGAAACCGCCUCCUGCCUGGAUCCAGCCGCAGCGCCCGCAAACUGUACGAGCAGGCUGUGAAGCUGAGGAAGACCUGCUCUCACCUCUUCACUGCAACGAUUGAUCUGAACUCGGCCAACGAUGCGUGGUAUGGCAGCGUGAAAGAUAAAGUUCGUGAACAGCAGGACAGAGCCGUGUGGGUGUGUGAGGGCAAGCUGGACGGUUCAGAGGAGGACCUGGAUCUCCAAGAGGACAGCAUGUCGUACCUGUCAGCCAUGAGCGCGGACUACCUGAGCAUGGACAGCCGCCUCAACAGCGACUACGACGACACCGCGGAUGAAGGCGGGGCUUAUACCGACAAUGAGCUGGACGAGCCCUUAGAUGAACCCCAGACCGUGUCGGCCAUCAGUCGAUCGUCUGAGCCCGUGCUACAAGAUGAGAAACCUCACCCUGAACCCCGGGCUCGCAUCAAGCGGUCAGGGAGCAGAGAGGUGCUCCACAGAGAGCCCACCCCUCCCCCUUCUUUUGUCCCUGAACCCCCAAAGGUCCGUGGUCAGACCGCGCGGACCGAGUCAGCACGAAGUUUUGACUCACAUUCUAGUAGCACCAUCAGCAGUGACGUAGCGCUGGGAAACAGGCCACUUCCCCCUCCUGUGGCCCUAAAGCCCAGUGUCACCCGCCUGAACCAACCGGCAGAGGAGCAGGGCAAGGAGGAAGACGACCCUGCAAACAAGUCUUUCCUUGGCAAAAUUAAAGCUUUUGAGAAGAUGGAUCACCUGGCACGAGCCCAAAGGCUCCUGGAGCUGCAGGAGGCAGAAAACGCUAGGUUGGAGAUUGCUCAGAAGCAUCCAGACAUCUACGCCAUCCCAGUGAAACUGCCAAAACCCAAUCUUAACCGUCCUCAGCCAAUAGGCUCAAACGCCGAGCCACAGACUGCAUCCAGGCCUCCGUACUCACACGAGGACAGCGAGGCGGAGUACCGCAGACAGCUGGCAGAGCAGACAAAGAGGGGAUACUACAAUCCCCAGAAAUACAAAGACACAGAGCUGUAAGACGGGAAACCAGGAAGUGGUGGCACAUGACAAUGCUACAAGGAGACGGAACUCAACAUAACUGUUGUUUGAGCUGUAACGUCAGAUACUUCUGUUGUUUCACAGAAAACCUUCAUACACGGUCAGUGUAUAUAAAUAUUUUUUGAGUCUCUGUCUUUGUUUUUUGGUUCUAUUUUCUCCACUAACACACAGCUAAGUUUGUGCCUGUUAUGUUCUACCAGAACCCUCAACAUGCACUGCUAAUUAUUUGUGAGGGAGAGAAAUACCAGGAGACUUUUCUACUGUUCUCUUGUUAAACUUCAGUGAAAAACGAGAAACGUUUAGGCUGUUGUUUUUAGCAUUUUAACCUUGCUUGCAACCUGUCCUAUGCAGGUUUGGCUAACAGCGGCACUUUUACCUUUUGCUGAUCAUUUUGGGGAAAAACUAAUAAAAUUUAAAAAUAGAAUAUUUAAGGUAAAUUGUGGUGUAUCCAAUGUUAAACAAAAUGUAUAUUAGAAUGAAAUGAUGUAAGUAAGAGACAAACAGGAGCUAUCACGUGACUUCAGUUGUAGUAGUGGUAUGUAGCGAAGUGUUUCCAAAGUUCUGUUUCCUACCAACGCCGCACCAGCUCCCAGCGCUCUUAAGUCUAAUGUUCUGACGUCAGACACUGUGUCAUUUUUCUUCUCAUGCCAAGUCUCCUCAAAGAAAUCUGCAAUCACACGACUCCCCCGUAGGUUUAUUGGGAGGCAGAUUAAUUUCAAGUGCCUUGAAGUGCUGAUGUCAUCGCAAGAAAUGAGGGAAGAAAUAUAAAGUUCUGACCAUUAGACUAGAACUACAGGAAACCACUUAAUCCUAAAUUGGACGUGUGAAAAAGUAAACCUUAAAACAUGCUGUAAUGACACAAAGCACAAAACCAUUAGUUACUCAUAUUUGUGAAAGGACCAGACAGUCCAAGAAAGUAACUUUUGCUUUUUUGCGACCUAGGGAGGAUGUGAACAUGGCUAAUAAGCAUGUGUGUCUAACUUCACUGAUACAGAUGUGCCAGAUAAAUAUCACAGAUUGCGAAGUUAUUUCAAACUGCUUCUUUUGUUCAGAUGCAAAAUGGAUUUACAGUGCAGUGCUGCAAACAGCUGUAGGCCCGACUGUGUUCCCUGUUUUAGAGUAACAGACAAUCCCAUUUUUAUAGCAUUGCUGUUUUUUGUAUUACACACUGAUUUGAGUUAUUGGGAAAAGGGUGACAACAAUCAUGUCAGUUGAGAAGUUUCUCUAAAAUGUCAUUUUUUUAUGUAGUGAUCUAAGUAUUACAGAUUUCAAAUUAAAACAAAUCUUUUGUCAUUU